AUGUGUGAGGCUACUGAGAAGAUCAAACCGUUGACUGAAGAGCAGAUAGUCGAAGGUUUUCAGAAACUGCGUUAUGAACAAAGGGCAAUAGCCAAUAAAAUUACUGGGCUCGAAAUGGACCAGAGGGAGCAUAAUAUGGUCAUCAAGGUGCUGAAGGACGUGGAUUCCGAACGUAAAUGCUUCCGAUUAAUCGACGGUGUACUGGUCGAACGUCAGGUUAAACAUGUCCUUCCCGCGCUCAUGGCCGAGGCCCUAGAGGCUCUACGACGCCAAUUCGAUGAGAAAGGAGUGGAACUGCAGGUCUACAAGGAGGAGCACAAGAUCCGAUUGGCUGGUGAGGAUCCCGUUGAUAAUGGCAGUGGCGCCACCGGGACCAGUGGCAGCGACAGUGGUGAAAAGAGUGGUGGUGGUGCCUCCGCAGCCUCUGCAUCCUCUGGAGUCCUUGUCACGUAG